AUGGGACGCGGCCAUGUGCUUCGGGACCGGGUGCGGCUGAUUAGCGGUAAUGGCAGGCUGUUGCUAAUUGCCACUAUCGUCACCCUCGCCGGUCUGGCCGGGCUCGUCGAAGGGUUCGGUUGUCCGCCGAAAUGCGCCUGCCAACAGCGAACAGUGCGAUGCGUCAAGCAGCAGCUCGAUAAGGUUCCGGAAAUGCCGCCCGAUACGAGCAUAAUCGAUCUGCGCUACAAUCACAUCCGCGAGGUACCGACCGGUGCGUUCGACGGGCUGCUGCAUUUGCACACGAUAUUCCUUAACGAGAACCAGCUGACGAAAAUCCACUCAGGUGCAUUCCGGGACCUGCCAUCGCUCAAGUAUCUCUAUCUCAACCGUAACCGGAUUGGUGCCAUCGCUGCGGAUGCAUUCGUCUCGCUGAACCGGCUCCACAGCAUGUACUUGCAUUUCAACAAUCUGAGCCGGCUGGAACCGCAAACCUUCAGUAACAUGGCCUCCCUGGAACGGCUCUAUUUGCACGGCAACCAAAUUAAGAACAUACCGGAGGGAAGCUUCGAACGGUUGCCAUCCCUGCGACGGCUCCGGCUGGACGAUAAUGCGCUCGAGUGCGAUUGCUCACUGCUCUGGUUCGUUCGGACGAUGCAGCAACCGAACCGGAAAUCUCUGGUGGCCGGUGCAACCUGCGCCACGCCGCCCUUCCUCGAAGGUCAACCAAUUAGCUCGUUCACGGAGGAGGACUUCCACUGCGUGAAACCGGAAAUUGUCGUCCAGCCGAGGGACAUCGAGAUAGGCUACGGCCAGACAGCCGUAUUCAGCUGCAAGGCGUCGGGUGCUCCACGACCGGAUAUUGUAUGGUUGUUUGAGGAGAGCCCGGUCCGCUCGGAGUCGGACGGUCGGGUAUCGUUACUGCCCGACGGUUCGCUGCGUAUCGACGAGCUCGUCCCGGCCGAUGCGGGCCAGUACGCGUGCAUCGCCCGCAACAGCCUCGGGGAGUCGCGGUCACGCACCGCCCACCUUGCAGUCAACAACGAUGUGGUCGAAAGCGAAGCGGAAGCCCCGAAGUUCCUGCGUACACCGGUGGACCCGCUCGAGCUGCUCGAGGGUGAUCCAAUCCUGCUGGAUUGUGUCGUUACCGGUGCACCGACGCCGAGCAUUUUAUGGAAAUUCAAUAACGAAAACAUCCAGAACGGACGCAUCAAGCUGUUUGGCAAUGGUUCACUGAUUUUGCCAAUGUCGACGCUCGAUGACGGUGGCAUCUACACCUGCUGUGCCGGGAACGCUCUCGGCAACAUUUCGGUCAACGUGACGGUCUUGGUGAACGCUCGACCGCUUGCAUCCAUCACCACCUCACCGACAGCAUCCGCAACCGCGCCGUUGGCCACCGGUACAACGGCCGCCAACCCAACCACCGUACAGCCACCGAAUAGUGCCACUCCGCUUUCGAAACCAUCCCCCAAACCGACCGAGCAUAGUAACGCCAUACCGGGCGAUUACGGAAUAGAAGAGCAUGAGGCACCACCGAGGAUAGUGCUCGGGCCGGAAAAUCAGCACGUGAAAAUCGGCACCACCUUGACGCUGGAGUGUGAAGCCGACGGGAACCCGCUGCCCCACAUCUGGUGGAAAAAAGACGGUCUACCGGUGAACGAAACGAGCCAGGUCUAUUUCAUCGAUGAUGCGAUCGAGCUGACCAUCGACCAUGUGGAGGAAUCGGACUCAGGCACGUACGUGUGUGUGGCCGAGAACGAGCUGGGAAUAGCCGAGGUCGAGGCGGAAGUGGUCGUGAUCAACGUGGGUCCACCACGGUUCCUGUUCGAACCGUACGAUCUGGAUGCCAUCGAGGGCACUACCGUUGAGAUGCCCUGCAAAGCGGAGAACGACGAUAUACUUCAGAUCAAAUGGCAGAAGGAGGGUCGUACCAUAACCCCGAAAGACAAGUACCGUAUAUCAUCCGCCGGCAGUUUGUUCGUCGCUAACAUCACGCUAACGGACGAGGGCCGGUACGAGUGUUCGCUGUUGAACAAGUACGGACGGGCGACGGCCAGCGGUAUGCUGACGGUGAAGAAGAAGGCGGAAGCACUGCCGGGCGAUCAGUACGUACGGAUUGCGAUUGCUGAAGCAUCGCGGGAGGUGGACAUGGCCAUUAAUCAAACCAUCGGGCGUAUGUUUGCGACGGGCCGGAACACAACACGCUACCACGAUGAUCUGUUCCGCAUCGUGCGCUUCCCGACCGGUCCCGCCCGCGAGAUUGCCCGGGCGGCCGAAGUGUACGAGCGAGCGCUGGUAAUCAUCCGGAAGCACGUCGAGGGUGGAGCCAACCUGACCACCAACACCACCGACUUCUGGUACCAGGAUCUCCUGUCGCCCGAGUAUCUCGACCUGCUGGAGCAGCUGUCCGGCUGUAUGGCGCACCGCGUCACGCCGAACUGUUCCGAUCUGUGCUUCCACUCGAAGUACCGCUCGCUGGAUGGGACGUGCAACAACUACAAGCAUCCUGCCUGGGGUUCUUCGCUAACCGGUUUCCAGCGGCUUCUGCCACCGGUGUACGAGAAUGGGUUCAACAGCCCCGUAGGGUGGAACCGUUCGGCCGUUUACAAUGGGUUCCAAAAACCCAGCGCCCGUCUCGUCUCGACGAGCCUCAUCUCGACCAACACCAUCACACCGGACGAUCGCAUCACGCACAUGGUGAUGCAGUGGGGACAAUUCCUUGACCACGAUCUAGACCACGCCAUACCGUCGGUAACGUCGGAAAGCUGGGAUGGUGUUGACUGCAAGAAGACAUGCGAGUAUGCGGCUCCAUGCUACCCCAUCGACAUUCCACCCGGUGAUCCUCGCAUCCGCAAUCGGCGCUGCAUCGACUUCGUACGGUCGAGCGCAGUUUGUGGUUCGGGCAUGACGUCCAUCUUUUUCGGCAGUGUGCAACCACGCGAACAGAUUAACCAGCUGACUUCCUUCAUCGAUGCGUCUCAGGUGUACGGGUACACCGAGACGUUCGCGCAGGAGCUUCGUAAUCUAACCACCGAGCAGGGUCUUUUGCGAGACGGGCCGCAUUUCCCGGACCAGAAACCGCUACUGCCCUUCUCCGCACCGACCGACGGUAUGGACUGUCGGCGGGAUUUGGACGAGAGUCAGAUCAAUUGCUUCACGGCCGGCGACAUUCGCGUGAACGAACAGCUCGGUCUAACGACGAUGCACAUUGUGUGGAUGCGCGAGCACAACCGGCUGGCGGAGCAGCUGCACCGUAUUAACCCGCACUGGGACGGAGACAAGCUGUACUACGAAAGUCGCAAGAUCAUUGGCGCUGUCAUGCAGCACAUCACCUACGAACACUGGUUGCCGCUGGUGAUUGGAGAGCGUGGAAUGGCCCAGCUGGGUGAGUACCGGGGGUAUGACUCGAACGUGAAUCCAACCGUUUUCAACGAGUUCGCAACGGCUGCCUUCCGAUUUGGGCACAGUCUCAUCAAUCCGAUCCUGCACCGGUUGAACGAAUCCUAUCAACCGAUAGCGCAAGGACAUCUUCCACUGCACAAAGCCUUCUUCGCACCGUGGCGUUUGAUGUACGAGGGAGGCGUCGAUCCGCUGCUCCGGGGGCUUUACAGUGUGCCGGCGAAGUUGAAAAAAUCCAACCAAAACCUCAACACCGACCUAACGGAGCGCUUGUUUGAGGUGGCACACGCUGUCGCACUGGAUCUGGCCGCGAUCAACAUCCAACGAUCGCGCGAUCAUGCCCUUCCUGGGUAUAACGACUAUCGGAAGCUUUGCGGUCUGAAGGUAGCGACAGGGUUCGAUGAUCUUAAGGAAGAAAUAUCCGACCCGGCGGUACGGCAAAAGUUGAAGGAUCUGUACGGCCAUCCGAGUAACAUCGACCUGUGGGUUGGCGGUAUACUGGAGGAUCAGCUGCCCGGUGCAAAGAUGGGUCCACUGUUUACCUGUGUUCUGGUGCGGCAGUUCCGUGCACUGCGCGACGGUGAUCGGUUCUGGUACGAGAACGAAGUGUUCAAGCCGGAACAGUUGGCCCAAAUCAAGCGUGCCUCACUGGGGCGUAUCGUUUGCGACAAUGGCGAUAACAUCACAACCAUCACGGAUAACGUGUUUGUGUUACCGGCAAAGCAGGGUGGAUACAAGCGUUGCGAUGAGAUCCCGCAGAUUAAUCUGGAGCACUGGGUCGACUGUACGGAUUGUUCGCGUCACCACAAACGGUACGAGCCGCUGAUGCGGCAGCGACGAUCGGUGAAUCGUGCUAAGCGUGCGCUACCCGCUACCGGCAAACCAGACGCCACGAAGCAGCACAAUGACUUGGAGCGACCGUUACCAGAGGACGAGGGACAUUUCGCACUGAACGAUAACCAUCUCGAGCAGUUGGAGGAAGAUUCGUCCUUUGUUGAGGAUGACAUGAACGAAGAGCGGAUCGAAGGUUUAGAGGCACUGAUCGAAAGCUUCCAGAAGUCGAUGAAGCAGAUGCGACGGAAGAUACGCCGGCUGGAGCAACAGUGUUCGGCAGCGGUUCUGGCAGUGACUGCCGCCGGUGGUAACGCGGGGGGUGCUGGUGCCGGUAGUGCGAAUCCAGCCAAGGGCAAACCACACGGACAUUGCGUGGACAGCAAGGGCAUUAAGCGGUUAAACAACGAAAUCUGGAUGCGAGACGAUUGUACCAAGUGUGAGUGUGAGCAUCAUCAGAUCAGCUGCGAGACGGAGAAGUGUGCGGAGCUCAUCUGCGAGAACAACCUGGUGCUGGUGAAGGAGCAGGGCAAAUGCUGUCCGGCAUGUGUCGUUUCAGACGAUAGCGGUACCAUGACCACUAUCAUUAAAGAUACGCCGUAA